UUUUUAAAAAAUAUCCAAAUAUAUUGAUAUAAUUAACUUUUAUUUUGGAUAUAUUCUUUCGUGUUUGUUUCUAUUCCAUGUGAUUCCAUGACAACAUUUGAAAUUAGUAAAGCGGGAAAAUAAAUUGGUCACAAAAAUGUCAAUUACAAGUUUGGAUGAAAAUACAGUAAGACUUGUAACCACUACACAGAUUAUAACAUCUGUAUAUAGCGUUGUUAAAGAAUUAGUUGAAAAUGCGUUUGAUGCAAAUGCAAAAAAUGUUGAAAUUAAUCUCAUUGAUAAUGGUACAUCAAUGAUAGAAGUUAAAGAUGAUGGUGAUGGUAUUUCAAAUACAAAUGCUUCAUCCAUGGCUUUACCAUCCUGUACUUCAAAGAUAUCAUGUUUUGAAGAUUUGGGUAUGUUAAAAACUUAUGGAUUUCGAGGUGAAGCAUUAAACGCAAUAUGUAAAAUGAGCGAUGUUGUAAUUAUGACUAAAACAGAAAAUGAUGAAGUAGGUAGGUUGUAUAAUAUGGAUAACGAUGGAAAUAUUAUGACAACGGAAUUAUAUCCAAGACCUAAAGGUACCACGGUUCAAGUUAAACAAAUGUUUAAACAAUUACCUGUUAGAAGAAAAUUAAUUACUGACAAAAAAAAAGCAAAUCAAAAUAUUAAAUUAAUAGAAACAAUGCUUAAAAGUUUUGGAAUAUGUAAUUUUACGGUAAGAAUUAGUUACAGAGUAAACAAUAAUAUUUUAUUUAUGAAACCAAACUUAGAUAAUAUCAAAGAAGCAACAAAAUAUGUACUUGGGAGGCAAAUCAUGCCUAAAAUGAAAUGGAUUACUCAUGAAGAUACUGAGGCUACAAUACAAUUAAUGGUUCCUGAUAAAGAACUAGAGGAUAUAAAUGAUAUUUGUGAAACUACACAUCGUUACAUCUUUAUCAAUAAUCGUCCUAUUAAAUACAAAGAUAUUGAAAAGAUAAUGAAUGAUACGAUCUCAGAAUAUUUUAGCAACAAACUAUCAGUAAAAAAGAAACUAAUAUUUCUUGUGCAUAUUUUGAUAGAUCCAAUAGAUGUUGAUGUUAAUUUAGAACCUAAUAAAGAUGCAGUACUUUUAAAAAAUCAGCAAAUAAUUCUUGAUAUUAUAAGCAAGCUGAUAACAAAUUUUUAUGGUAUACAAUGUGAAGAACUGAAAAGAAAAAAUCCUACUGAAACAAGUAAUUAUGAUCAAGAUACAUCGAUAAAUAAUACAAAUAAUUCAGAAAUAGAAUUGCCAGUAUGUAAAAAACGCAAAAUUUCAUCUAAUACGGAUGAAAAAGAAAUAAAUAAAUAUACAAACGGAGAAUCAAUUAAAAAUAAUAAUAAUAAUAAUACGACUGAAUUAUUGAACUCGGAAAUUAUUCAAGACAAUUCCAAUUCUAAAGAUAUUACAAAUAAUUUAACAAAUACAGAUGAUCGAUGUAAUAUUUCUGAGGAUGAAUUAAAAGCUAUUGCAAAUUAUUUAGACACUACUACAAAUUCAAAUAACUCAAGUAUACGUAACAGUACAGAUCAUAACAACCUUAAACAUAAUAAUGCUAACAAUCUAGAAUAUACAAAUGAUUCAUUACUCCAUGAUUUAAAUACAACUGAUGAAAAAGUUAAUAAUCAAGAAACUAUAAAUGCAUCAGAUAAUCAAGUUGAUAUUAUAAAUGAAAAUAUUAGUCAAUUGCCUAUAGUAGACCUUGGUGAAGAUUUUGAUAUUGAUCUUAUAUUAAAUGGAGAAAAUAGCAUAAAUCCGCAUAUAGAUAAAGUGCAUGAUGAAAAAAAUAAUAUAAAAGAGAAGGAGCAUUCAUUAAAAAUGUGGAGUAAAGGACAUGUAGAAGGUUUAAAGGGUGGUACAGAUGUAAAACCAUUAAACGAUUGUACAAACUAUGUACCAUUAAGUAAUGAUUCUUCUACUAUGGAGACAACAUUUACAAAAUUUGCGAAAGAUAUCAGAUCAGAAAUAAUGAAAGAAAAUCCUAAACUAACAACGGUAGAAGUUGCUCGUAAAAUAACAGAUAUUUGGAAACACUUACCAUCCCAAGAACAUGGUUAUUAUCAAGACCUUGCUCGUGAAGAAAGAUUAAAUAAAGAAAAGGCCAGAAAAGAUGAACUUAAAAAGAAAUUUGAUGAAGAAUGUAAGAAAAAUAAAAAACGACUUUUACGUAUGCUUGAAAAUAUGAAAAAUUCAAAUUCACAAAAAUCCGAAAAUCUUGCAAUGAGAACUACAGUACCUUGGAAUAUAAAUAUAGAUAAUGUCAAAAAAAGUUUUGAAAAAAGAUGUGAUUAUAAUAACUUCCAUUACGUAGUAGGAUCAAUUAAUAUAAAUUUAUGGAUCAUUAAAAAUAGUGCACAACUAUGGUUACUAGAUAUUUCUCAAAUUUUAAAAGGAUUGAAUGUCACUGACCUCACCAUUGAUAAAAUACAAUCUGAAGAUGUCGAAAAACUUUUUAAACAAUGGAUUUUAGAAAAAAAAGACAUGUCUAUGAUAUAUCCAAUACACACGUUGACAUGAAAUAAAUAAUUGUCAAACGAGAAUUUUUAUGUAUAUAUUUAUGUACAUUUA